AUGUGUCUCGAGCCAAUAUCAGGAAUCAUUAAUUUUUGUCCAAGUAACAUCAAUGAUGAUGAACAGGUUUUUCAGGUUGCAAAACACAAGGUUUUUCAUGUGCUAGGAUUUUCAAAUAACUUAUAUCCUUGGUACAGAGAUGAAAAUGGAAACCCAAGAACAAGUAGGGAUGCUAAUGGUAACCCACCCACUGAUGCUAAUGGCCAAUAUGUAGCAGCAAACAAUACAGUAAAAAUGGUGAAUUUAACAGAUUGGCAGACAAGAUUUGGGCCAAUGAACAAAACUGUUACUCAGUUGGUGACUCCAAAAAUUGUGGAGAUUGCAAGACGUCAUUUUAAUUGUGAUACUUUGGAAGGUGUUCAGUUAGAGGAUCAAGGUGGUAGUGGCACUGCUGGAUCACACUGGGAGAAAAGAUUACUAAAUUAUGAAGCUAUGACCGGUAUCAUAUCUGAAAACUUUGCAUUCUCAAACUUUAGUUAUGCAUUAUUAGAAGACAGUGGUGAACUAUAGCAAUGCAAGUUAGUAUACUAGUUUAGGGACAUGGUGCUGAUGGAUGUGGAUAUACUGCUGGUUCUUGUGGAGGAUAUAUUGACUCAAAGA